GGUAGCAUCGUGGCCUUUCUACAAUCACGGGGCAGCGUAAGUGUUUGAAAGGGCAGAAACAUUCUUUUUUCGCAGUAGAUAUCGAAACCUGUACAAACGAACUGUCUAAUUCCGACAGGAAAAUUCAUUGCAAUAUACGACGGCCUGUGAGAGCAGCAUUGACACCGCACAUUGUACCUGAGCUAUCUUUCCUUAGGUGGGUUCGGACGGUUGUGAAUUGACAUGACCAGCCACAGACAACUCGCUGCUGCAUCACUAGCGUCGCCGUUUACUCAAAGCGAGGUACCGAAGGUUUAUGACGAGGUCAGAGGACCCGACCGACAAGCCACGGCCGAGCUGCUCAAGACUUGGCAGGCGUCAUUUUUCCCGUGUUCCAGUGAAAACGACGCGAGAGACCACCAGUACCUAGACGUCGGCUGUGGCCCCGGCAACUUCACGCGGAACUACCUCUUGUCCCUGUGCCCUCCAACGCUGAAAAAACUCGUGGCUUCGGACAACUCGGAAGCCAUGCUGGAUUAUGCGAGGAUGGUCCACGCCCACCCAAAGAUUGAUCACCGGUUGCUGGACAUCGCUGUCGACGACGAUGUGUCUCGGUUCAUCGCCGAGGAGGGUCGCUUUGAGCGGGUCUACUCCUUCCUCGCGUUUCACUGGAUACAAAACAGGGCAGCUGCACUGAAGAACAUCGAGCGCCUGAUGACACCUGGUGGCGAGUGCCUCGUUAUAUACAAUCCCUACCCCUCACCAGCGCUGCUCUACCGGGCACUACUGGAAAGCAAGUCAUGGGCGAAAUACCACGAUGUGAUCUGGAGUGCCAUGCCCGUGUUUCAUGAACAUAGCGAUGCUGUCUCCUUGAGAAAGAACCUCUUCGACCUUGUCAAGCUAACAGGUCUCAUUCCACUGACUUGUGAACUGGUUGCAAUCAACGUCAAAAGCGCAAGCAUCGACGACGCUGUGCGUUUGUUCACAAUUGGCACCCCCAUAUAUAAUCUGCUCGCAGAAGAAGAGAAAGCCGAGUUGUUCAAGUUCGUCAAAAAUUUCAUGCUGCAAGGACAUUGCUCCAACUUCUCAACAGAAGGAACAACAAAACAGCUCAGAUUUAUUUUUCACGGCUACAAACCGUAGGCAUCAUUGUUGUCUCCGCCAAUGCACCGAGAACCGGCAGAGUGACGUAACAGCCUAAACCUGUCCCUCGAAAACUUCGCAAAUUCUAGUGAAGGUGAGCUCUACAAUGUACAGGCGAAAUGCUGAGAUGAGAGGGUGCAAGGAACGCGAUUAAAUUUUAUCGCAAUAAAUAACGGUUCACGUCGCCGCUACUUCUGCGUCAACUUAGCCCUUCUUGACUUCUUUGCCAUGGCUUUAUAACACUUGAAUCAUCCCUUCGCAUACUCAGUGAAUAUAUUGAUCCUUGAAGCCUCUUGUGUGUCACGUGUUUUCGAGAUGUCUAAUCGUCCAAAUUUUACUUGUAAUAACAAGUAGUACUUAGCGUUUGUACGGCGUCGUGUCAAAUUGCUUAAAGCCUCGCGCGUCAUAUGUCUAAUAAUCAUAUGUCUAAUGUUGUCCCUGCCACGGACAGCGGUACAGCUUCCGUAAAUGGCAUGCGUGCCGCAUAAAUUUGUAUCGCCAAUCGUUUCACUGUGCUUUUCUUCCCCGCCAUCGACCACUUUCCCCACAACGUCAUUGUCAGUCUGGACUACCAGUCCACGCAUGGUGCCCUCAUAGACUCUUCAGCCUGCAUACCCUCCGCCUUG